GCCAUGGACAAAGGCGCCCCAAGAGUAAAGGGAGGCCUGUCAGAGGCCAGACCCGCUACAGCAGACAUCCAGGAGAUUGCUGACAAGGUCAGACCCCAGCUUGAAAGGAAAACCAAUGAGAAAUAUGAAAAAUUCGAAGCCGUCCAGUAUAAAGUUCAAGUUGUCGCUGGAAACAAUUACUUCAUUAAGGUGGAUGUAGGGUGUGGUUGUUACGUCCACCUAAGAGUCUUCAGUGGUAUAUCCAGAGAAAAUGAUUUGGAACUUCAUAGAUACCAGACUAACAAAACCGAGAAUGAUGAGCUGACCAGCUUCUAAACAGCAAAUCCCAAUAUGAUC